CAUUGAUUGACAGGCAAGAAGUAUAUAAUCGGAGCUGGCUCUCAAUCACUUAGUCCCAACUCUCCUGUUACUAUCGUAUCCCACCCUAUACCCUAUACCCCUGAAGCAGACAGAGAAGAUCAAAGCAAAAAUGUCGGCCCCCCACCGCUUCGACCCCACCUUCACCGACAAUGUCAUCAACGCGAUGGGUCCCAAAACGACCCCGCGUUUCCGCCAACUGAUGACCGGCCUCAUCCGCCACGUCCACGACUUCGCCCGCGAGAACGAGGUCACCGUUGACGAGUGGAUGGCGGCCGUCAAGUUCAUGAACUGGGCCGGACAGAUGAGCGACGACAAGCGGAAUGAGGGGCAAUUAGUGACCGACGUGAUUGGAUUGGAGUCCCUCGUCGACGAAAUAACCUACACCCUCGCCGCGGAAGCGCACGACGCCCCCACCGCCACCGCGAUCCUGGGCCCCUUCUUCCGGGCGGACACCCCCCUCCGCGCCAACGGGGAGUCGAUCGUGCGCACGCCCGCCCCCGGCGGCGAGAUGGCCUACAUGCACGGCCGCGUGGUCGACCACGCCACCAAGGCGCCGCUCGUCGACGCCACCGUCGAGGUCUGGCAGGCCAGCACCAACGGCCUGUACGAGCAGCAGGACCCCGCGCAGGAGGAGUUCAACCUGCGCGGCAAGUUCCGCACCGACGCCGACGGCCGGUAUGCGUUUUAUUGCUUGCGGCCGACGCCGUAUCCCGUUCCGGAUGAUGGUCCCGCGGGAAAAUUGUUGGAAUUGAUGGAUCGUCAUCCGUUCCGGCCGGCGCAUAUUCAUAUUAUUGCCACCUACGAGGGCUACAAACCCCUCACCACGCAGAUCUUCGAUCGCAAGGACCCCUACCUCACCAAUGACUCGGUCUUCGCCGUCAAGGACUCCCUCAUCGUGGACUUUGUCGAGCGCAAGGGCGACCCUCAAGCUGGUCUUGAGUUGCAGUAUGAUGUCAAGUUGGCGCCGGCGUCGGCGUCAAGCUAGACGGUUUCGAUACUUCGGAAAAUAAAUAUAUGGAUAUCGUGGGGUGUGGGUGUAUAGUACUGUGCGUGACAGUAGGGGAUUCUCUGUAUAUAUUGAUUGAUGUGAUACCGAACUAUG